CAGUAAAUAUAGUAUGCUGGUACACAAUACAAAUCCUGGUACGACUUUGUCUCGAAGGGAGCCAUGCAGAAAUCUGUCAUUUUCAUUUUCGCAGUUAUUUAUUUCAAAGUAACUAUCCACGGCUUAGAAAAUGAUCUUUUGGAGGUAUCCAACACACAAGGUACAGAACUGGCCAAGAAUAGGGAUAACCCCAAAGAUAUGUCUUACAAAUCUCUGCAAAAGAAAUUAAAGCACUUCAUUGAUCUCGAUAAAGAUCUCACCAACCUGACCCUGUCACAGAUUGACUCACUUAUCUGGUGGACGCAGCAGGCACUUAACAGCCUUAAAGGAUAUCAGUCGAAAGUUUAUGACAAAACUGUGAGGACAACUAACUGCACUAUGCCGCUAGUGCCAACAAACGGGGGUUUGGUGUGUGCUUACUUAGAUAACGCUUACUUCUGCAAACCAAUGUGUGAUCAGGGCUAUGAUUUUUCAUUUUUAAGGAGAAGUAGGUUGUAUGAAAUAUGUGGACGACAAACUGGGUUUUCAUGGACAUCUCAGUAUGUUGGUGGAAAUAGACUUGCUGAAUGUACAGCUGCAGAUGUUGCUAUAAGCGGACAAUCCUCCGCAUAUUUCAAGAAUAAAAAGUGUCAAGAAGCCCUCAGCAUGGGGAUAGAAGAUACAUAUAUAAAUGAAUUUAUAAAGGAGCUGGAGGAAAAUGGUAUAACAAACAAUCACAAGAAAGACCUGGAUAUUGUUGUGUGUGGAUAAUGAUUAAGAAAAAAUACAGAAGAAAAAAAUAUA